AAAUCAGUCACUUCUUCUGUAUUAAAGAUCAACCCUAAUUUUUACCAAAAAAAAAAAAAGAUCAACCCUAAUAACGCUCGUCCUCUCGAGCUCGAGAGCUUUCAGUCUCUCUCCCCUCUCUCUCUCUCUCUCUCUCUCUGGUUUCUCCUCUUCUGUAUCGGUUCAGUUUUCAUUUUUGCAGUUUUGCUUUCUCUCUGUCUUUGUAAAAUUUAGGGCUUUCCUAUGGCUUUUGAUUGAUUGCAGUAGCAGCUCCCUAUGUGAUAGCAAUCUUGAUUUUGUUCCCUCUCCUCUCGUUUGUUUUUUGCUUGAUUUGUAAUGGAGAGGGUUAGGCUAGAUCAGAUUAGGGUCCUUCGUAAGUUGUAAAUGGAGAUGGACAGCUCGCGGAGAUCCUUCGACAGAUCGAGAGAGCCGGGGCUGAAGAAGCCGCGAUUGGCGGCGGAGGAGCCCAACAGCCGGCCGUUUUCCCUCAGGCCGAUCGGUUCCGGUCUGAACCAGGUCCAGUCGAGGUACGACAGGGACGCGGACAACAACGAUGCGAGCCGCGGAGGAGGGUACCAGCCUCAGCCUCUCCCGCUGCACCAGCAGCACCAGGAGCUUGUGGAACAGUACAGGACUGCUCUAUCUGAGCUCACGUUCAACUCGAAACCGAUAAUUACCAACCUGACUAUUAUUGCUGGGGAGAAUUUGCACGCCGCCAAGGCCGUCGCCUCGACUAUAUGCGCUCAUAUUCUUGAGGUUCCCAGUGACCAAAAGCUGCCGUCUCUUUAUCUCUUAGACAGUAUUGUGAAGAACAUUGGGAGGGAUUACAUCAAGUACUUUGCUGCAAAAUUGCCUGAGGUUUUCUGCAAAGCAUAUAGACAGGUUGACCCUCCAAUUCAUUCGAGCAUGCGCCAUCUUUUUGGAACCUGGAAAGGAGUCUUUCAUCCUCAAACGCUUCAAUUUAUUGAAAAGGAACUUGGCUUUGGUUCUUCUGCCAAUGGUUCUUCGGCUCCUGCAACAUCCAGGUCUGAUUCGCAGUCUCAACGCCCACCUCAUAGCAUUCAUGUAAACCCCAAAUAUCUGGAAAGGCAACGGCUUCAGCAAUCAGCGAGGCCCAAAGGUAUAGCUAAUGAUAUGGAUGGGACGUUGGUCAAUUCAUCAGAGGAUAUAGAGAGGCUGGACAGACCGACUGGUGUUACCACUGGACGCACGUGGGCAGGUCCUCCUGUGAAAACACAACGUUCUCAGAGAGACCCGCGUGUCGAUCCUCUUCUAGACAAGAAGAAUAUUGGUGUAGUUUAUGGAGACUUAGAGUAUAGUUCUGACAUUUCAAGAAAUCCAGGACUAGGACCUGGUAGAACUGUUGGUAAGGCUACAGAGCAGAAGCCUUGGUAUGGAGUUGGCAGUGGUGGCAUUACCGAUACAGUCUCCACCCAGAGAAAUGGAUUUCCUGCAAAGCAGAAGCUUCAGGGUUAUCCACCACCCAAGUCUUCCAACAUUGAUUCAAAGCUUAGUAGAAGUGGUGGUGGAAUGUCUACUAGCUGGAAGAACUCGGAAGAAGAAGAGUUCUUAUGGGAUUCUAUGGGCUCUAGAUUGACAGACCGUGAUGCAGCAAUUAAUACAUCAAGCAUUGCAAGGAAAGAUCACUGGGCUUCAGAUGGAUCAGAAAAACUGGACUUUGAAAAUAAUCUCCCAAGAACACUCUCAAGGGAAGGGAGAAAUCAAGUUGGGGCUCUUGGAACUCUGAGUCAUUCAGGUCUCUCCGAUGGCUACCCUGCCAAGAUAAGUGGGCUUUCAACCAGUGGAAGCUCCCUUUCUAGGACAGGGAUAGGAUCACAAAUGAGAUCAUCUUCUCAUACUGGAACCAGUGGACAGCAGCGGAUUCAUUCUCUUGGACCCCCCUCCCCUUCUGCUCAGUCACCGAUACGCCAGCAUUCUCCUCCUGUUGACUUGGCACGACAUCCUCAGACAGAUCUGAGAACAUCUCAAUUUUCGAGCAAGUCAAGUUUGGGGCCGAGUAACCGGUAUGGUGAUGACUCUUUGCCCAUUCCAUCUAAUGUUCAGUCGGGCAGUUUGAAGAGACAUCAGCCCCACGAAUCAAAGGCGGCUGCUGCUCCAGUGAUUUCUUUUCAACCAACGCAACUUCCGCAGAUUUCACAGCCAGUCCCUGCUCAAGGUCCUGGACAUCAAGUAAUCUCAUCUGUUCAAGAUUCUGCACCAGAGAAUUCUCCCCCCCCAUCUGUUACUUCUGGGCAAUUGAGUGCUAGUACUAGCAGUUUGUUAGCUGCCCUUGCUAAGAGCGGGAGUAUUAAUGCAAUGAUUACUAGUCUACCUGGGCUGGGUUCUCAUAACAAAGGGCUGGAGGCAUCACAAGCGAGCUCUAGAGCUUUGCCUGGUGGGCACCAGUCAACUCAGUUGCCAUUUCCCAAGCCAAAAUCAGAAUCAUCACCUGUUUUGGCUACUUCUCAUGACACCACGUCAACUGCAACAGACUCGUCCCAGGGGAAAAUCACCAAAAAUGAACCUGAAGAAUGUCCUGAUGUGACAAAGAACUCCUCGGAUCCGAUAUCAAGUCUUCUCAGCUCCUUAGUUGCGAAAGGUCUGAUAUCUGCAUCUAAGACGGAAUCUCCAGCUCCUGUUCCUCCCCAAACAUCUAAGCCGCUGCUGAACGAGAAGCAGGAUGCUAUUACUGCAACCCCCGAAUUGGUUUCUUCAGCUUCACUUUCCACCGAGAUCCCAGUCUCAGCAGCUGUUGAGGAGGCAUCUGUUCCUGAACCUGUUGCUGAAACCUCAGAUUCGCCUCAGCCUCCAGCAAAAACAGAGGAGAUAAAGAACCUGAUAGGAUUCGAGUUGAAGCCAGAUGUAAUAAGGAAGUUCCAUUCUUCUGUGAUCGACCAUCUCUUUGACGAACUUCCACACCAGUGUGGCAUCUGUGGCUUGCGGCUACAGCUUAAGGAGACUCUUGAUAGACAUCUGGUUUGGCAUGCUUCACAGAAUCCCAAGCAAAAAGCUGCAGCUAAUGCAUCAAACAAAUGGUACGCGCAUUCAAGUGAUUGGGUUGCUGGAAGAACAGGACCUCAUAUGUAUGGGGCUGAGUCCAUUAAAGUUGAGGAGGAGAAGUGCAGUGAGACGAGUGGGGUCGUUGGGCCAAUGGUUCCUGCAGAUGAAACUCAAUGUGCAUGUGUUCUGUGUGGGGAGUUGUUUGAGGAUUUUUACGACCUUGGAAAGGAUGAAUGGAUGUUCAAGGGAGCAGUGUACAUGCCUAUCCCAUGUGGGACUCCCGAGGUUAGUGCUGAAACUGACAGCAACUUUCGAGCAGCUGUCCAUGCGAACUGUCUAUCCAGUAAUUCAGUUGAGGACCUGGGAUUCCGCAUCCAUGUGAAGAAGGAAGAGGAUGCUUAACUUUUGAUGCCAUUGAUAGUGAGUGGAGAUGCUAUAAGGAUUGGGAUGCAGUUGCGAACUGUUCAAAUCAACAGAGACUUCAGGUUUUUCUUUAUGCACUCAGAUCUAGAAGUGCCCAGAAAAUAGUGCGGAGAAGAUGCUCAUUAAUUUCCUGCUUCCCUUACUUUUCUCCUUCAAUGUUCAUAUUUCAAAAGAUGAACAGAUAAUAGAUUUGAGAUAGUUUGCGCCUCAGUUCUCUGUUGUCAAUCUUGGCUUGCAAUGUUGUUCCUCCUCUCUUUGCCUCAUUCUCAACUUCUUUUUUUUAAAAAUUUCUUAAUGCAAUCGUAUAUGCUUUAGGCAAGAUGCAAAGAAAGCAACAAGGCCUUCAGUCAUAAUCGUUGAGUUUGGGGCUUUAAUCCUCGUGUACUAAAUGCCUUACAGUAGCAUAUAGCGGUUAUCUGUACUUCCCGAACUACGAGCUUUCUUUCAGCUUAUGGAUGUACUAGUUACGACUUUUGCUUGUAUGUUAUAACUCCCUUUGGCAGAAACAGAUAUGAAGGAUCCUGUAGAGAAUCUCUGAGACUUACAGUGAAUAUUUGAAGGAGUUCCUUGCUUAA